UUAAGCGCUUGGAUACACGCUUCACUAUCCAACUGUAGAUACUUCGAGCUCCACCUAUCUGAAGCCAUGUAAGAUACACGCGCCGUCAUCCAUUUCCUUUGUUUUCUUUUGUCCACAACCUCUCUUGCUUCGUUUCUCCUUCCCAUUAACUUCCACGCUCCUUCCAAAAAGCAAAAUAAAAAAAUAAAAAAAACGAAAAAAUAAAAUUAUAUUAUAUAUAUGAAGCUAGAGAUUAACUGAAAGGAUAAACAAAAGACAUAAACUCACCUGUUUGUCCAAACAAACAGAAAAAAGACGCAAACUCAUCUAGAUUCUCUCACCGGAAACACACCAUGGACUCAUCGACGUUUCUCGCCGCCACAAGCUUAGACCAGGGAAAACCAUUUCCGGUUUCGAGACAACCAUCAAAGCAAAAGAAGAAGACGGCUUCAGCCAACAAAGCCAUCAAAGUGCGUUACAUAUCAAACCCCAUGAAAGUCAAAACAUGUGCUUCCAAGUUUAGAGAGCUCGUACAAGAGCUCACUGGCCAAGACGCCGUCGAUCAACCGGAGCCCGUGUUCUCCCCCUCCACCGUCUCCGACCUCAGCCCUUCCCCGCCGCCGCCGGAGAAUCUUGCGCCACGUGUUCUUGACCCGGAGCCGUUCGAUGAUCGGGUGUGUGAGUACUUUGAGCCGUUGGAUGGUGAAGAGAUGUUUUUGCCUCAGAUGUCGGCAGGUUUUUCUGGAUUUUUUUCUAAUGGGUUUUACAAUGUGAAUGACUUUGGAAGAAUCGAUUCUAUGUGACGAUCUUCAGAGUUUUUAGGGUUUGAUCAUCAAAGUACAUAUAUAAAAAUUAUGAAAUCCAUACAUGAUUUAGCAAAAAAAAAAAAAACUGAUACAUGGGUAUGCUAAUUAGUAAGGUUUGUGAAGCAAAUUAUAAGAGUUAAGUUAAGUCACUUGUAAAAAAAUUAAAUAGAUCUUUUGAUAUA